AUGCCAGAGAUGCCUGCCGAGUCUUCAUCCAAUCUUCCGUAUCAGCAGCAAUACCUGAAUCUGACAACCUCCUCCGCUUAUGACCCGAACCCCGUCCCCUCCAGCAGCAACAAAGAGAACGCAGCUCCCUCAGACCUCCGGACAAACUCCCAACCUCCUCCGUCAGACCCCGGCACGCAAUUGCCUUCGUCGACGGAGCGCAUUCCAGACUCGCUCUCAGCGUCACAGGCUGCCUCCACAUCUACAACUCUCCCCGCACCGCUCCUCCUCAUCCUCCAAUCCAUCCAGUCAACUCUUAGAUCUCUAUUCUCGUCUAAACCACCACACACGAUUCAGCGACUAGCGGAACUCAUUCUUCGUCCAAAUGCACAUUACCGGACACUCCCAGCUUACAUGCGAGCCCUUGACCGCGUUGUAUCUGUCACCAGCACCGCCGACGUGUUUCCGUUCCCAAUGCAAAGUGGUGCAGCUACAGCACAGCCUAAUGGGACACUAAAUGGCGCGCAGGCCACAUUUAGCCUGUCUGACGACGCACUAGGCAGUGACGAGGCUCUGGGCGGUGCUCUUCUCACCCCGAUACCUUGGCUGAAUAAUGCUUCCUCGCCGGAGCCUGAAGGGACGGGUAUUAGUGAAGUAUCCAUAGUAACGACUUCUCCUACCCUCCAAAACCAACUCCUUUCACAGCCCGCCGACCUAACCCCGCAAGAACACGUUGGUAUUGGGGGUAACGUACUCGAGGGGGAAACACCAGCUGAGCCCACUGAGGAAGUUCCUCACGCUCGAGGUCCCUCGGUUCUUGGAGUCGAAGAUAUGGGCUUACAGGACGAAUCAUCUACCCUUUCGGGAUUUACUCAGGAAUCAGUUGCUGGCGCCGGAACCACGGAGUCAGCCAUUCAAGGUCAGAAGGAUGAAGACGCCAAACCCGAAAUUACCACUGCCACUGCAGAUGGGGACGGCGAUAUCACUCUAUCCGAUGAGCCUCAUAUAUCGCAGAAAGGCCAGGACGAGAAGAAAUAAUGGCAACCCAUGCGCACCAAGCGGACUUGGUAUGUCCCGGAGCCCAAUAGCACGUCCUUCGGCCGCAUUGAGGCGGAGAUGGGCGGAGUUGACAAUAAACUGCUCUCCGUAGUCGGAUCUGCUACUACUCGACUUUGAUGAAUGAAUGAUGAUCU